UUUCGUCUCUGACUCCUGCUCUUCAUUGGUAACAGUAAUACUUGUAUCAAUUGCCAGGCGCCGCUUGCGUUUUCCUGCUAGGCUCUCUCUCUCUCAAUGGGGGUGUACGCCAAUAUCUUGGUGAGAUGAAGCAUGAAGCCCUCCCUGCCCGCACGAUGAUAGAACUCUCUCUCUUCUUCAUUUAAAAUUGAAACCACUAAAGAAACUGACGGAAAACAUGGUGCUUAUUGCUUCCCAUCUUCUACCUCGGUGGCUUGAGGUACUUCUCACAGAGAAGUUCUACAACGCAUGCAUAAUUCACGAAGAGGCCAAGAAGAACGAAAAGAAUGUCUAUUGUCUGGACUGUUGCAUCAGUCUCUGCCCGCACUGCUUGUCCCCUCACCGCACUCACCGACUCUUGCAGAUAAGAAGGUAUGUUUAUCACGAUGUUAUAAGGUUGGAUGAUGCUGCAAAGUUGAUUGACUGUGCCUUCGUUCAAUCGUACACGACCAACAGUGCAAAAGUGGUAUUUUUGCACGAAAGGCCGCAGACAAGGAACUUCAGGGGCUCCGGCAACUUUUGCAGCACCUGUGACAGAAGCCUACAAGACCCAUACCUCUUCUGCUCCCUCUCCUGCAAGAUUGAUCAUCUCAUCAGGACGGAAGUUGAAAUCUCGAAGUAUCUCUUCGAUUGCAAGUCCUUGUCCUUACCCGAGCCGGGUUUAGAGGACUGUUCGAUUACUGCCGACUGUGUCCUUGAACCUACCGGUUCGAGCCAAACCUCUUCUGGGUCGGGUGGAUGUGGUGGGGUGGACUGCAGGACAUUUGCUUGCACUGCCACAACCGAGGUUGUGAGGAAGAAGAGGACUAGCUUGUCGGUGUAUGGAUCGGCGUGCCGGCCGGUAUGUUCGCCAGUCCCAGAAAUCUCGGCAAGUUUGAUGAACCGGAGAAAAGGGACUCCACAAAGAGCUCCACUUUAUUGAAUUUCACUGCUGAUUGGUAGAGAGAGAGAGAGAGAGAGAGAGAGAGAGAGAGAGAGAAUAUUAGAGGGAGGUUUAGGAUAAGUUUGGUGUUUAAUUACUUUUCCUUUAUACUAAUUUCAGGAUAAGGGAAGUCUCCCAAUUUUGUUAGAGGGCUCUCUCCAUCUCUCCUCUCUAACGGGUGGCUGGAUAUUUGUAUUUUUUUGUUUUUAUUUCUUACAGACUCAGAAUACUGACAAAAUUUUCUAGUUAUAUUGCUACUCCCAUGGCUAUGGGGUUAUAUAAUUUACUUUCCAAAGAUUUGUACUGCCA